UAAUCCUUUAGCAUUAUGUACUUUAAAGGCAGGAGAGAGUCAAAGUGUACAUUAAGGUUUCUGAAUACUCCUGACCUCUCAGCUCUUUCCAAACACUUUUUUCUCCGAGCCCCACCAUUCUACUCAGCAUGCUGUGGUGGGUCCUGUCAGCACCCUGCAUCCCCCACUGCUUUUCCAAGGGAGGAAAGUGUGCUGCCUCUUCUGACCCAGGAGUCUAACUCCAAAUCCCGGAGAGGCAUAUUAAGAAGAGCUGUCUUUUCUGAAGACCAGAGGAAAGCUUUGGAGAAAAUGUUCCAGAAGCAGAAGUAUAUUAGUAAAACAGACAGGAAGAAACUGGCCCUUAACCUGGGUCUAAAGGAGUCUCAGGUGAAAAUCUGGUUUCAGAAUCGAAGGAUGAAAUGGCGAAACUCCAAAGAAAAAGAAGUGCUUUCUAACAGGUGCCUCCAAGAAGAAGGUCUUCAGGAGAACUACCUCUCACGAUCCACCAUGAAUUUUACCUCUCCAUGCCCAUCUGUGUGGGAAAUGUCAGAAGAGCGGGCAAGUCCAAGGUGGAGGGAGAAUUCUCCAGGAAAUUCUGAAAGACUGACUACUGCACAACCACCUCCAAGAGCAAAUUCAUUGCAGAGCCCACUCUAUUUGUAUCCUGACCAAGACACUGCAAACAAGGCAUCAUCAAGUGUAAGAGAGUAGGGGCUGUUUGUAAGUGGAGUGGAAGAGUGCAGGCUUCAAAUGAGCAGUCUUUUAAGAUUAACAAUAUUUGAACAUUGUAAAGCUAACUAGUUUAUGCUUCAAAAAUAUGCUAAAGUCUAACACCAUUAAAAUUACAAACAACUAAUGACUAAAGAAGUAUUCUUCAAUAUUCAGUUUUUUCUUGUGUCUUUUCCACUCUUAUACUGACCUUAAAAGUAAAAUAGCAACGGAUGGUAAGUAAAAUGAAGUGAAGAACAUGAAUCUGAAUUUGUGCUCUGAUUUAUACAUCUGCACUGUAUGUGAUGCUAGUUAAAAAUACACUAAUAGAGAAUCACUUUUAUCUCUCAUUGUAGUCAGACCAAUUAAUUUCUUCUGUGCAUGAGAUAAAAAGAGCUCUUCUGUCAAGACAAUAAGGGGUUUUGGGUUCUUUUAGAAAUUCAUGAAGUAACACAGUAGAUUCAUAUGGACAAAUACAAGCAUUUUGGUGUGUUUUCUCCAUCUGUCUUCACCUAUGUCAGUAUUCAAUUAGCUUUAAAUAGUCACAGGUCAACCGACAACCUCGGUAAAGUUAUGCAAUAUUAAAAGGCAACCAACCUAAAAUGUUCCAUGUUUAAGUAACACUGAUGAGUGCGUGUACUGGAAAGUGCAGUUCACUGGCUUCUGUCUUUCUGUCCAUGCAUGAAUCUACUAGCAUUCUUAACUUUGAAUUGCGGUGUCUUUUUUUUUGGCUGUUGGUAGAAUCUUUUGUAUUUCAAAACUGCAAUGACAGUGUGCAGAAUUGUAGCCAAAAAUGCACUAAACAACAGACCCAUAACUGGAAAAAUUGCUACUACAGCCAGUUCAGAAAAUUACUUAUGGAGAUGAUGUACCAAUAGUAGCAUUAUUCCUGGCUUAUUGCUGUUUAAACUGGUGCCAUUAAGGACGAAUUAGCAUAUAUCUGUAUCAAAGACAGGACAGUAUUCUUUGUAAUACAAGUUGCCUUGAAUAUUAUUAAAGCUACUUAAAAUUAUUUUCUUGCUUAAUCCAAUUUAAGGAGGUCAGCAUAUGAAUUUAGGUGUAUCUUUCUUUGUUUUAUUUGCAAAUUUUUAUAGCUAAAAAUGGGAGCAUAGCAUUCAUUUUCUUUUUCAUACAUUUAUGGAUGCCUUUGUUGAGAAGAGAGACUAAAGAUAUUUUAUGUUACAGGCAAAACCUUAUGGACCACAUUAUAGGUUUUAUAGGGACUAUUUUCUUUCUGUUGAUACAUUUUAUAGGCAAAAGAUUAUGAUAAUCUAGUCUGGCUUUUCUUAUCAUAUAUGCCUUGAAUGUUUCUGAUUAUUCUGAUUAUACUUGCCUUGAGCUUCAGAUAUUUUGAACUGUAUUGUACAUCUUCCAACCGUGCAAUUGUUGUAGAGUAAGUUGUUAUUUAAUGUUUUACCUUUUGAUAGAUGAUUUACUAUUCCCCUUGUUACAUUGUAUUAUCUGGGAGGUGAAGUUUGGAUACAUCUGCAGCUAAAAAACUUGAGAUUGCAAUGAUGAUCCUUGUAUCAUUUAUGCACGAUAAGGUGGGUUUUGUAUCUUGCCUUGUGCAUAUCCUGCUGUCUCAGUGGCCAAAUAUGUAAUCCUAGUUUUUGCAUUA